UUGGCUUGGUCAAGAUGCCUCUCGUCCGCAUGGAAGUGAGCGAUUUCAAGUCAUGUCGGGCCCACCAAGUCAUCGGACCCUUCAAGAAUUUCACCACCGUUAUCCUCACGAAACGCCGGCAUGCUCUCCUCGAGCUUCCUUCCUCGGAACGUGUUGCUAUGCAAGCGAUUUGGCACUCCUCAGGGAUGUGUAUAUGAGGUUGGCGUCAGGUUAUCCUCCCCCAUUCGGUUUCUCAUGUACUAAACG